AAGAAUGUCAAGUGGUGAAUGGUGUCUGGUGAUUCAUAAAUUACAACAAACAAUACAAUCGUAUUACUCACUUCCAAGUUAAAUUAUUUACAUAUACUAAUUUCGUCUUAAACAAAAUGUUUUCAACAAAUCCAAACUACACAAAGUUGAAGACACAUCUUCGGCUGUCUGUGAAUCGCCUGAAACUUCUGGAGAAAAAGAAAACAGAAUUGGCUCAAAAGGCUCGAAAGGAAAUUGCUGAAUAUAUAGCUUCAGGAAAAACUGAACGGGCCAAAAUUCGAGUAGAGCACAUUAUCCGAGAGGAUUACAUGGUGGAAGCCAUGGAAAUAGUGGAAAUGUACUGUGAUCUAGUAUUGGCGCGGUUCGGAUUAGUUACACAGAUGAAGGAUUUAGAUGAGGGGUUGGCGGAGGCUAUAUCUAGUCUCAUAUGGGUUGCCCCACGCAUGCAUACUGAUGUUCAGGAACUCAAAGUGAUAUCAGAUUUACUGACAGCCAAGUAUGGAAAGGUUUAUGCGGAAGCUUGUCGCAACGAAAGUGUCAACACCAUUAGUGAGAAGCUGCGUCACAAGCUAUCAGUACAGAGUCCUCCGAAAAUACUUAUUGAGAAGUAUCUCAUCGAGAUUGCCAAGAAUUAUAAUGUGGAAUAUGUCCCUGAUGAGCAAGUUAUGAGGGAGGAAGAAGCUCGUGAUGCAUUGUUAAUAGAUAUAAAUGGCCCACCAAACCCACCUGGCUUUAUUGGCUACCCACCACAGCCACAAAUGCCCCAAAUGACGCAAAUGCCUAAUUUACCGCAAUCUUCUGUUACACCUUUCAGCUAUCCAUCGAUACCAUCGGGUGGCAAGGCAGGUGGUUUUAUAGCAACACCCAAUUAUGGUGGUCAAAGCAAGCCCAUGAGCUAUAAUAUACCACCAGGCGUUGAUUCUAAGACUCUGAAUAACAGUUUCCUGCAGGAGGAAAUGUGCAACCUACCACCUGCUUAUGACAGCAUUGAUCACUCUUUGCCGCCAAACUUACCGAGUCCGAGUAACGCACCUGCGCCUCAACCACAACCGAGAACCAAACCACCAACCAAUAAUAACUACUUCCCGGAACUUCCAGAACUACCCUCAGUUCCAUCAGAUAUUAUUUUACCCUCAGUCCCGAAUAGUUCCAACUCUAACACAUCCAAUGAACCAAAUGCUCCCGACGAAAUCGACUUUGAAGAUCUGAAUAGACGUUUCGAAGAGUUGAAGAAGAAAAAGUAAAAAGAUUCUACUUGCUUGUUAGAGCUUUUGUUGAAAAUAAGGAUCUGCAAGUGGCGAUAUAUACAUAUUUAGUUAACAUCUGCACUCAUGUAUACUGCUUUAAUGUAUUGAAUCAAGUCAUCCACAAUAUGUUACUAAUUCAAUGUAUGAAAUGUUU